AGCACAGACAACAUAAACUUCCUCCCGGCUGUAUGUACAUCACACUGACUACCUGCAGGGGGAGCUCCUACUGCCUGCUCCCAGCACAUAACAGAAAGUGCUUCAUUCCACCGGAUCUGCAGGGACGCCAUAGAGAGAACAACUGAGGAAGGAGGACGAGCAGCCAGCCUGGAGGACCCCAGCCGCCGCCUGCUAUAAAGAUGAAACUCAUCAUUUUGGAUAACUAUGACCAAGCUAGUGAGUGGGCUGCGAAAUACAUUAGAAAUCGCAUCAUACACUUCAACCCAGGUCCUGAGAAGUAUUUUACGUUAGGCCUUCCUACAGGAAGCACACCACUGGGAUGCUACAAAAAACUUAUUGAAUACCAUAAAAAUGGAGAUCUCUCCUUCAAGUAUGUGAAAACCUUCAACAUGGAUGAGUAUGUGGGACUACCCAGGGAUCACCCAGAGAGCUAUCAUUCCUUUAUGUGGAAUAAUUUUUUUAAGCAUAUAGAUAUCAUUCCUGAGAAUGCUCAAAUCUUGGAUGGAAAUGCUCCAGAUCUUCAGACCGAAUGUGACUUAUUUGAAGAAAAAAUUAAGGCUGCUGGCGGAAUAGAAUUAUUUGUUGGAGGGAUUGGGCCUGAUGGUCAUAUAGCUUUCAAUGAACCAGGGUCCAGUCUGGUAUCCAGAACUAGGGUAAAGACACUGGCCAUGGACACCAUAUUGGCUAAUGCACGUUUUUUUGACAACAAUCUCUCAAAAGUUCCCACAAUGGCUCUGACUGUUGGCGUAGGAACAGUGAUGGAUGCAAAAGAGGUGAUGAUACUCAUCACAGGGGCACAUAAGGCCUUUGCCCUAUACAAGGCUAUAGAAGAAGGUGUAAACCACAUGUGGACAGUGUCUGCUUUCCAGCAGCACCCAAGUACAGUGUUUGUUUGUGAUGAAGAUGCAACGCUAGAGCUGCGAGUGAAGACUGUAAAAUAUUUUAAAGGUUUAUUACACGUUCACAAUAAACUGGUUGAUCCCCUGUACAGCAUGAAGGAGAAAGGAACUGGAGUUGAACAGACUCCAAAGAAGCCAUACAGUGACUAAGUAGCCCGGAGGAGCUCAAAGAUGAAGAAUCAGACUGUAUACCUGUGCCGCUUAAAGAACAUGGUUUGCUACCUCCCUGACCAGACAGUCAAGAGGAGUACUUAGUCGUCUACUACCCUUGGUGGACCAUUAUGAUAUCUCACCAUCAGCAAUAUGAACUCUGUUGUUUAUGCUGCGUUCACACAGUCUUAUUGACAGUCCAUGUAAGGGUGUAUUCAGAUGGUCGGGUUUUUAAUUGCAAUUGUUGAAUACAAAACCAGGAGAAAAAAAAACAUGAAUGCAUGAAACAUAUAAAGAGAAAACUAAGAUUUCUCUUUUUAAAGAUUUUACAUUCAAUAACUGCAUUUAAAAACCACAAUGUAUGAACACUCCCUCUAUAUCUGACAUGUUUUAGAUAAAUCUUUUGGACAAUUUUUCUUGGGUGCAAAUGGCAGCUUGACUAUGUGUAUUAACCAGAACAGAAUGGUAUGGAUGUUUGAUGUUGGUAUUUUGGGUUACUAGACAGGCUAAAUAGUGUUGGCCUAAUAUGGCUGCAAAUAACAGACUUUACACAAAUUAAUAUGACUGUGUGAAUAUAGCCUUAAACUAAGCCUUACUUUUUUUUCCUGAAGUCCACUUUGUAGGUGCAAAAUAUAUCUUUGAAAUAUUACAAGUUUUAUAAUAGAAAAAAAAUAAAUAUAUUUGGUAUUCCACUCUUUCUGUACAGUUAAUUUUUUUUA